AUGAAACAAGUGAAAAUUUCUCAAGACAUGAUCAGUUGGGAGAGAACUGUAUGCUGGAGGACUGCAGUCAAACAGCUACUUGAUCUCGAUAAAUCUGUGGCAUACCUUGCUGCAAAAACAGAUGACAAUAAAACGGCUCUUCACUUGGCAGCUAGUCAAGGUCAUCUAGACAUCAUGAAAGAGCUUUUUUCAUACUGUCCAGACUGCUGGGAAAUGACCAACACUAAAGGCCAGAAUAUCCUCCACAUAGCAGUGGAGCAUGACAAAUAUGAAAUAAUCGAAUUUAUCCUAGAAAAUUCCUUUUCGAACAGCCUCAGAAAUCAGAAAGAGAGAGAUGGAAACACACCUCUUCAUUUGCUUUGUGCUAAAUCCAAUUACCACAAGUACCGUCUCAAAGAUGAUCCUAGAGCGGCUAGCAUGGCCUUCCAAAAGAACACUUUGAGUGCACUCGAAGCAGUAUAUGGUGACAACCGUGACAUGUAUGCACACGAGAAUCAGAACUGUUGUUUUCAAGUUGAUCAAAGAAGAAAAACGCAGGUACCAGUGCGUUACCGAAACAAAUUCAAAUUAAACGAAGGAAACGACUCUGAGCGAUUAAACAACUUGGCCACUAAAAUUUCGGACAACAAUUUGAUCGUAGCUACACUUGUAGCAACCGUAACCUUUGCAGCUGGUUUCACCAUACCAGGUGGCUAUGACGGUAACGAUGGGCCAAAUCAAGGUAUGGCAGUUUUAAUAAGACAAACAGCUUUCAACGUAUUUGUUGUGGCGGAUGCUAUUGCUAUGAUUUUUUCCAUUAAAGCUGUAUUUACCCACAUAUCUGCAUCCACUUAUGAAGAUGAAGAUAAGCGUGCUAAUGGCUAUCACAACGCUCUUGCAACCAUUGUAUGCGCUAUUGGAGCAAUGGUGGUUGUAUUUAUGACUGGCUUUUAUGACUGGCUUUACCCUCUUUCUUCUGAAUGCUUUAAGUUGGUUCAUGGACGCAUACCUUGCCGUAGCUGUUGA